GUCUCUUGACGUCGUGGCGAGAUCGUUUGCUCCGCCGGGACCCGGACGCGACCAAGGGGAGGCAGAAGCCAUGGCCUCAUGUGGAAUCUCAGUUCCCAGAACCAGGGAUUGAACCUGGGCUGUAGCAGUGAACGCGCCAAAUCCUAACCACUAGAUGACCAGGGAGCUCCCUACAACAUAACCACUUUUUAUUUCUUGCUCGUGCUGCUGUCCAUUAUGCAUCAGCACAGGCAAGGUCCCAAACCAAAGGAGACGCCACCAUCCAGUAGCUGUGCCAUCUGAAACGCACAGCUUCCUUGGCUGCCACAGUGGGAAUAGAUUCGAGAAUUAUGCAGUCUUUCCAGUGCCCCAGACAUCACCUCAGCUCAUAUUUCCGAUGAUCAUAACCUAACUGCACGGGGCUGAAAAGUGUCAUCUUGUACAUGCCCCUGAGGAGAGGAAGACUGGAUGCUUGAGGAGUUCCUGUUGUGGCUCACAGGGUUAUGUUAUGAACCCAGCUAGUAUCCAUGAGGAUGUGGGUUUGAUCCUUGGCCUUGUUCAGUGGAUUAAGAAUCUGGCGUUGCCCUGAGCUGUGGCGUAGGCUGGCAACUGCAGUUCUGAUUGGACCCCUAGCCUGGGAACUUCCAUAUACCACGUAUUACUUAAAAAACUAGGUAAUGGUGAAACAUUAGUAAUCAAAUUAAUAAUGUCUACCACACUCACUGAGACCCAUUUCUUUUUCUCUGUGUAGGAAGUUGCUUCUGUAAAUUAGAUGUGAUUUCUUUUGAGGCAAAGAAGACAUCCUGGACCGUGAAAGGAAGUUGACAGGAAGCCUGUGCAUAGGACUUGGCACUUGUUCAAGGGAAGAGUCUAAAGAUAUCCAAGCAGGUCAGGUAGUUCUAAAAGCCAUGACCCAGGGAUUGGUGACCUUCAGGGAUGUGGCCAUAGAGUUCUCUCAGGAAGAAUGGAAGUGCCUGGAACCUGCCCAGAGGGACUUGUACAGGGAUGUGACUUUGGAGAACUUUGGUAACUUGGUCUCGCUAGGACUUUCCAUUUCUAAGCCCGAUGUCAUCUCCUUACUGGAGCAAGGGAAAGACCCCUGGAUGAUGGCAAACGAUAUGACAGGACCAUGGUGCCCAGACUGGGAGUCCAGGUGUGAAAAAUUUCUACAAAAAGAUAUCUUUGAAGUAGAGUCAUUCAGUUGGGACCUAAUGAAAAGCCUUAAAUGCCACAAUUUUGAAGGCUCCGGUUUUAGAGAUGACUGGGAAUACAAAGGCCAGUUUGCAAAACAGCAAGCAAAUCAUGAGUGCUAUUUCAAGGAAGUGAAAAUCACCUAUGGAAACAUGCCCACUUUUGAGCAUCAUCCAUCCCUCACCCUAUAUUCCAGCGAUGAGACUGGCGAGAAACUGAUAGACUGUAAUGAAUGUGGGAAAGCCUUUAGCCGCAGCUCACACCUUAUUCAACAUCAGAAAACUCAUACUGGUGAAAAGCCCUUUGAAUGUAAGGACUGUGGGAAGGCCUUCAGUCGGACCUCACACCUUGUUCAACAUCAGAGAAUUCAUACAGGUGAGAAACCUUAUGACUGUAAGGAAUGUGGGAAGGCCUUUGGUCGCACUUCAGAACUUAUUCUACAUCAGAGACUCCAUACUGGUGUCAAACCCUAUGAAUGCAAAGAAUGUGGAAAGACCUUUAGGCAGCAUUCACAACUUAUUCUGCAUCAUAGGACUCACACAGGUGAGAAACCCUAUGUAUGUAAAGACUGUGGCAAGGCUUUUAUACGUGGCUCGCAACUUACUGUUCAUCGGAGAAUUCAUACAGGGGCUAGACCCUAUCAGUGUAAAGAAUGUGGGAAAGCCUUUAGACAACAUUCACAACUUACUGUACACCAGAGAAUUCAUACUGGGGAGAAACCCUAUGAAUGUAAGGAAUGUGGCAAGGGCUUUAUUCAUAGCUCAGAAGUUACUCGACAUCAAAGGAUUCAUUCUGGGGAGAAACCCUACGAGUGUAAGGAAUGCGGGAAGGCCUUCAGACAGCACGCACAGCUAACGCGACAUCAGAGAGUUCAUACUGGUGACAGACCCUAUGAGUGUAAGGACUGUGGGAAGGCCUUUAGUCGUAGUUCAUACCUUAUUCAACAUCAGAGAAUUCAUACAGGUGACAAACCCUACGAAUGUAAGGAAUGUGGGAAGGCCUUUAUUCGUGUUUCCCAGCUGACUCAUCAUCAGCGAAUUCAUACUUGUGAGAAACCCUAUCAGUGCAGAGAAUGUGGAAUGGCCUUUAUUCGUAGUUCACAACUUACUGAACAUCAGAGAAUUCAUCCUGGUAUUAAACCUUAUGAAUGUAGAGAAUGUGGGCAGGCCUUUAUUCUUGGCUCACAGCUCAUUGAACACUACAGAAUUCAUACUGGCUAGAGACUCUGGAUGUUAGGGAUGUAGGAAAGCCUUUUUCUGGAAUUCAUGCCUGACCCAAUAUUAGAUGCAUAGUGUGAUUAUUGUCAGAGAACCUUCAUUUGUCAUCUCCCUUAUGGAACAUCAGGUGACUCAUAUCAGAAGAAAAUUCAAUAAAUGUGGGAAUUCUUUUUGCCUCACACUCACUGUUAGCUAAGCAUCAAAGAGCUUAUAGUGAAAACAAUUUAAUUUGAAUGUAGAAAAGCCUCCUGUUACUUAAAAUAUGUUAAACUUCUGAGAAUUCCUAAUAGAAAAUGACCCUAUUAAAAUAUUUUAUGACUGUGCCUUUUGCCAUAUACCUUAACAUUAUCUCACUUCCACCAACUGCUGACUGUAUGACAUUGGGCAAAUUAUGCAAUGUCUCUGUUCCUCAGUUUACUUGCUUUUAAGCGGUGAUAAUUAUAUACCUACCUAAUUGAGUUUUUGUGAGGACUGCCUGAUAUUUUUGUAAAGCCUAUGCUCAAUAAAUAUUGUCAUUAAUUAAUAACAGUAUUACUGUUAAGGAGUUCAUGUAAGAGGAGGACCUAACGAACAUAUCACAUGUCAAAAAGCCUUCACUAACCACUUGUCAGGAUAACACACUCUGAAAAAAGAGUAGUAAAGUGUAAUUGUCAUGAGAAGAUCUUCAUUUAUAAGGUUGUAAAUUUUGAAGAUGAGAAAUUCACAGAAGAGUAGUGGAAAAAAAUCUGCCCAUUUAGAAAUCUAAACCUCCAAACAUGUCAUUUCAAGAGAAUCAAAACUAAAAUUACAAACUAGAAAUGGAUGACGGUAGACUCUACCUAUCAAGACCAGUUCAGUGUAGCUGAAGCUGCACACCUGUCAGAACCGAAGGAUUGAAGGUAGGGGCCUUUGUUCUCCAAAUGUCGAUCUCCAGCACCUACUCAUUGCCAGUUACAAACUAAAUACAUAAAUGCAUGAAGAGUCAACCCUUAAAAAGUUAAGAGAAGUUACCACAUGAACCCAACAGUAAGAAUGAUUAUUUAAAAAAAAAAAAAAAUUUAAUAAAACCAAAAACAGUCGUAGAUCUGAAGGGUAUUUAA